GCCUCUGUGGACUCUGCUUCUUCUGACAAAUAAACUCCAACAAAGACUGACUGGUUCUUGAAUUUCUAAACCAUGGCCCAUAGAUCAGUGAUGUUCAAUGACGUAUCCAUAGACUUCUCUCGUGAAGAGUGGGAAUAUCUGAACUUGGAACAGAGGGACUUGUAUAGAGAUGUAAUGCUGGAAAACUACAGCAACUUGGUCUCACUGGGAUACUUUAUUUCUAAACCAGAUGUGAUUUCCUUAUUGGAACAAGGAGAAGAGCCCUGGAAAGUUGUGAGGAAAGGAAGAAGACGAUAUCCAGAUUUGAAGACCAAUUAUGAGACCAAGAAAUUAUCUUCAGAAAAUGACAUUUAUGAAAUAAAUUUAUCACAAUGGAAACUAAUGGAAAGAAUUAAAAGACAUGGCCUUAAGGGUCUCAUUUUUCAAAAUGAUUGGGAGUCCAAAAGAAAAUCGGAAGGAAAAGAGGAACCUCAAGAAGGAUAUUUCGGUCAAGUGAAAAUCCCAUCUGAAAAAGUAUCCUCUUACCAGAAACGCACAUCUAUUACUCCACAUCAGAGAAUUCAUUUUGUCAAUAAGCCCUACGAAUGUAAGGAAUGUGGGAAGGCUUUUAGAGUGCGCCAACAGCUUACUUUUCAUCACAGAAUUCAUACUGGUGAAAAACCCUAUGAAUGUAAGGAGUGUGGUAUGGCCUUUCGACAGACUGCACACCUUACGCGACAUCAGAGACUUCAUUCUGGUGAAAAGCUCUACGAAUGUAAGGACUGUGGAGAAGCUUUCAUAUGUGGCCCAGACCUUAGAGUACAUCAAAAAAUUCAUAUUGGUGAGAAGCCCUAUGAAUGUAAAGAAUGUGGGAAGGCCUUUAGAGUCCGAGGACAACUUACUCUCCAUCAAAGGAUUCAUACUGGUGAGAAACCUUAUGUGUGUAAAGAAUGUGGAAAAGCCUUUAGACAGUAUGCACACCUUACUCGACAUCAGAAGCUUAAUAUAGCUGACAAACUCUAUGAAUGUAAAGAAUGUGGGAAGGCCUUUUUGUGUGGCUCUGGUCUUAGAGUACAUCACAAACUUCAUACUGGGGAGAAACCCUAUGAAUGUAAGGAAUGUGGGAAGGCCUUCAGAGUGCGACAACAGCUAACACUUCAUCAGAGAAUUCAUACUGGUGAGAAACCCUAUGAAUGUAAGGAAUGUGGAAAGACUUUUAGUCGUGGUUAUCAUCUUAUUCUCCAUCAUAGAAUUCAUACUGGUGAAAAACCUUAUGAAUGUAAGGAAUGCUGGAAGGCCUUUAGUCGUUACUCACAACUUAUUUCACAUCAGAGUAUUCAUAUUGGUGUUAAACCCUAUGACUGUAAAGAAUGUGGGAAGGCCUUUAGACUACUUUCACAACUUACACAACAUCAGAGUAUCCAUGUUGGUGAGAAACCUUAUAAAUGUAAGGAAUGUGGAAAAGCCUUCAGGUUGCGCCAAAAACUUACUCUACAUCAGAGCAUUCAUACUGGUGAAAAACCCUUUGAGUGUAAGGAAUGUAGGAAGGCCUUUAGACUUAAUUCUUCCCUUAUUCAACAUCUGAGAAUUCAUUCUGGUGAGAAACCCUAUGAAUGUAAGGAAUGUAAGAAGGCCUUUAGACAACAUUCACACCUUACUCAUCAUCUGAAAAUUCAUAAUGUAAAAAUAUAAGUAUUUGUAUUCCUGUGUUAUAAAACAUUCUAUGAAUGUAGUAAUUAAUCUCUUUUGUUCCAUACGUGCAACUGACUUGGCAUAAGAGAUUUUGUACCAUUUAAAAAAUGUGUUGAUGUGAUAUAUUCUACCAUCACUCCAACCUGAAACUUUAGCACAUUUGUUCUAAAAAUGAAUCCUGCUAGUAUAGCAAAUGUGGGAAACACACUUAUCACCAUCCCUAUCCUAUCACUUUCCUACAUGUGUCAUAUUGAACAAGAUGUUUAACUGCUCUGGGCUAUAAUUUCUUCAUUUGUGAAAUGGUAAUAUAAGAUUGUGGCAAAGAUAGCUGCAAAUUCUUUGACGCUUUUUCCAUCAAGAGGUGGAAUCUGUGUCCCCUCCCUUGGCUCUGUGACUGCUUUGCCCGGUAGAAUAGAGUAGAAGUACUGUUGUGCAGGUUUCUGGACCUUGGCUUUAUUAUAGGGUUACUUCAUCCUUUGAAAUACUCUCUUAAGCCCUGAAUUGUUAUGUUAAAAAGUUUGGCUACUUUGCUGAAGACACCACAUGGAGAGACCCUGAGACUACAUAGGGAGAGGCACCCUGCUGAACCCAGCCUUCCUGACAUCCAUCGAAACACCAGACAUUUGAGAGAAAAAGUCUUGGAUUCACCAGACCAGUCACCCUUUGAAUGUCACUCUGUGACCUCACUUGACACCAUACAGAACAAAAGAAUCGACCAGCUGAGCCUCUGCCCAAAUUCCUGACCCACAAAACCAUGAGAUAUAAUAAAAUGGUUGUUUGAAGCCA